GUUCAUUCCUAUGUCAAAGUCAUCGUCAAACUUUCCAAAUAGUGAACCACGAGCAAGCAACACCAUUCAACGCAAACAUGUCGACACCCGUUUCCUGCCCAUUCAUCGUGUCUCUCAAAUCACAGUAACAGUUCGCACUUACACACUCAAAUAGCUUCGACUUAUACCACCAUGUACAACCCAAGCAGCAUUCCAUUUUCUACUCCUCUCCAUCUCCGCCUCCCGUACUUUCCAUCCCCAUCACACCCCCCCAAUCGCCGCUCCAAGAUGACCUUCCUCCCCCUCCUCGCCGCCCUAAUCGCCCUCUCCUCCACCGUCAACGCCCACCCCCACCACCCCUGCUACCACAGCCCCAACACCCCCGCCCCCGCCAACCUCCUACCCUGCUACACCCCAACCCCCUCAACUCACUACUCCUGCUGCCUAGCAGGCGACACCUGCCUCGACCACAACGCCUGCUCCUCCGCCCGCACGGGCACAACCUACCAGUACGGCUGCACGGACCGCACAUAUCGCGACGAACACUGUCCGCAGAAAUGCAGCCUCGAUACGCAGAAAAGUGAGUGGGUUGGUCUGGUGUUUUGCAAUGGGGAAUAUGGUGCGCUGAAUGAUAGCUGGGUGUGUCGGCAUCCGGAUACCUGCGAUGAUUGCCCGACUGGGACGGGGGAUGCUGCGCUCGAGGGGGUUGGGAGCACGGAGUGUGCGGAUCUGGAGUAUGUAGCGUUUUACGCAGGGGAUACGCUGAGUGAGGUUGUGGGGUUGCCUGUGCUAUCUGAUGUGGAAGGGUGGUGGGCGGAGUACGCUGAUCGUAUUUCGUCGACAUCAACACCGUUUCCCUCAAACACAACAUUCACCACCAGCCCUGGGUCCAACUACUCCCACCCCGCCCAUCCAACACCCCCCUCCUCCGCAACACAAACAGCACCACCGACCACCACCCCCGAAUAUCCCGAACCCCCGCAGACUAAACCCAAAUCCACAUUCUCCCCACUAUGCACCACCAUAGCCCUCAGCCUCGGAAUCCCCUUCCUCCUCAGCUUGCUGGGCACAGGCGUGUACUUUUACCUGCACUUGCACCACCGUCGGCGACGGGGUAGACGCCAGACUCCGCGUCCCCCAACCGUCGAGAAGCGUGAGUCCGUGGAGAGGUUUGAGUUGGAGGGGUGCUCGCCGGUGGCUGCGCAGAUGCCGGUACGUCCGCUGCCGUGCUUGGGGGCGCCGUUUGUGCAGCCGCAGUAUGUGCCUGGUGAGGGGGAGGGGGAGGGGGAACAGGUAUUCUACCAACCGCAGAUGGGGGUUGAGCCACAGUAUGCAUCGUUUGAACAACGAGAUUACGGGACGACUGAGCAGACGUAUUACCAACCAAGCUAUGUACAACAGUACACACCACACGCUCCGUUCACGUAUGACGAAGAGCAGGUUGCUGGACGCGAGGGCUUGUGUGGGUGUGUUGAAGGGCCGUAUCCGGUCGGUGGGAGUAGUGUGGCACGCAUACUCGGUGUGCAGCGCGAAGAUGCAGUAUGAGGUGUGGUGAAGAGGUUGUGAGGAGAUGAUUGGAGAAAGGGUGUGCGUUGCGACGUCGACUCGAC